AUCUUGUAGUUGGUGGUUGUCAUCGAAACUAGUUCGAGAUAGAUCUAUCUAGCUUCUAGAGAUCUAGAUUCAGAUCUAAGAACCUCGAGUCUAGAACAAAUCUCAGAGUGAAAUUUAAAGUAUCAUUUUAGAGAUCUAGAUCUAGAUCUUGGCCUUCCACAAGAUAGAGAUCUAUUUAAAAAUAAAGGCAGUAUCUGCUUUCAUUAAUUUAAAUCUAGAAUCCUAGAUUGGGUAGUAGAAUCUUAGUAUUUAAACUUUAAACAUGGAUGACUUUCAGUCAGGAGAAGAGACAGCUUUUGUUGUUGAUGAAGUGACAAAUAUCAUAAAAGAAGCUGUAGAAGGAGCCAUUGGUGGUAAUGGAUAUCAGCACAACAAAGUUAAUCAGUGGACAUCUAAUGUGGUAGAGCAAUGUUUGAAUCAGCUGACAAAACUGGGAAAACCAUUUAAAUACAUAGUUACUUGUGUGAUAAUGCAGAAAAAUGGUGCUGGACUUCAUACUGCAAGCACUUGUUUUUGGGACAAUUCUACUGAUGGUAGUUGCACAGUCAGGUGGGAAAACAAGACUAUGUUCUGCAUUGUUAGCGUAUUUGGUCUCGCCAUUUAGAUAAUUAUCUUGACAUAAUAAAAAUGCAAUCAAAUUCCACUGACGUAGCUUGGACCUUACCUUUUGCAAAACAGAUGUAACAACAUGUGACUUGAUUUUUAAAUAGAUUAUUUAUUUAUUAUCAAAUAUUUGUGUAUCAAAAUUAUGAAAAAACAGCUAGACUGGUCAACUAAAAGAAUUAAAAUUAACAACUGUAUUUAAAAUGCGUAUUGUACUAUAUUGUCUACUGUACAAACUUUGUUUUUCAUUAUGGUAUUCAAUUUUAAACUUUUUAAAGUAGUUUAUAUUUAGAUCAGUAAUUCAACCGACUUUUUGGUGUUGUUGAUUUAACUAUGACUGGUGUUUACUUGUGAUUCAAUAUAAAUUAAAUUUUACUUUUCUUCAUCAAA